CCGAAUUUCUCUCGUUAGGCUCUCAGGCAUGGCAGCUGCUUCAGCUAUACGCCAUGCGGUAAACCAUAGCAUAAGAACUCAGUUUAGAAAUCCUCAUAAGCUAUUUUUCUCUCCGCCGACUCUGUUAAUGUCAGCUAUGGCUUCAGACAGAAGGUUUUCCUACAACGGAUUAAAAAAUUUUAAUGGAUAUGGUACCAAAACACCAUUUCUAAUUGGCGUAGCUGGUGGAACAGCAUCUGGCAAGUCAACAGUUUGUUCAAGAAUCAUGGAAAAACUUGGACAAGAUGAAAUUGACCACAGGCAACGACAAGUUGUCUGUAUCAGUCAGGACAGUUUCUAUCGAGAAUUAAAUCCUGCAGAAAGCAUCAAAGCUUCUAAAGGUCUAUUCAAUUUCGAUCAUCCAGAUGCAUUUGAUAAUCAACUUAUUUUAAAGACACUCAAGGAUAUCUUGGAUGGAAGAGUUUGCAAAAUUCCUGUUUAUGACUUCAAGACCAACUCAAGAAAAUUGGAUGAAUUUGUCACCAUUUAUCCUGCUGAUGUCCUGCUAUUUGAAGGAAUCUUGGUCUUUUAUUUCCCUGAAAUAAGAGAAGUCUUUCAUAUGAAGCUUUUUGUUGACACUGAUGCUGAUACUCGCCUAUCAAGAAGAGUUCUUCGCGAUAUUCGAGAGCGUGGAAGGGAUCUGGAGCAAGUAUUGGCUCAGUACACUAUGCUAGUUAAACCAGCUUUUGAAGAAUUCUGUUUACCGACCAAAAAGUUUGCUGAUGUCAUUAUACCUCGCGGAGCGGAUAACACAGUGGCCAUUGGAUUAAUUGUCCAACACAUUCGUGAACUGUUGAACUAUCGCAACGGCAACGGACUUCAGCAGCAAAGGAAUCGCCAGAUCGCCCAACAGCAGCAACAGACUACCCAACAGCAACAACAGCAGUCGCAAACAGAAGAGAAUGAAAAGUGACUGAUUCGUUUAAAGAAGGUCGUUUUGCUUCGUCUCGGGACCAACACAUCGCCAUCCAUUUGUAAAGCUGGCAAGGCCGUCCUUUUGGUUUGGGCAAAAUCACCUGAAUCGAAAAGGGCUUAAUCAGCUAGUAUACAUAUAUUUGCAUGAAAAAUUAAUUUUGGUUAAAAUAAUUAUAUAGUACCUGCUUGCCGUCUGCAUAAAAAAAGUGAUCGGCGUUCAAAAUCACUUGCGUAUCAUUCAUGGAACCGUACGGCUUCUCUUUCGCCACUGUGGAAAUUUCCCACACCGUUACAGCUAACAUCUUUAAGGUAGAAUAAAAUACGUUUUUUUCAAAAAAGACUUAAUGGCAAAGUUGAUUUUUUGUUCGCAUACCCAGACAGAGCUGCUGUAAGUGAAUUUGUCCUAUUGAAUUUGAAUUUGAAAAUUAAUGUUUUAUCGUCAUCAUAGUUCCUUACCAAUUUUUGUUGUUGUUGUAAAUUAAAAUAUUUACCAUUACGAUGGUUUCCCACGCAAUCCAGCGGAUGGGAAGAGAUUUUCGUCCACGAACUUCGCCGUAAUCGUCCUUGAAUGCGGCGCAAAUGAUAGCCAAAUCACAUAUUUUAAUUUGCAAGUCGGGACCCACUAAGCAAUUCCUGGAUGGGCAAACAAAAAAUAAUGUAAACCUUCUUAUGUAAUAUGCAUUCCAAAUGUACUAUUGUUAAAGAGACAUUAUCAAUUUGAGUUCAUUUAUGUAUUCAUAAAAUGAAAUUUACCUUGUGGCAAGAUCCUUGUGCACCAUUCCUUUCUCUUCAAGGUAUUUCACAGCCCGUGCUAUUUGACAAGAUAGUUUGAAUACGCUCUUGUUGCUGUAAAUAAUCCAAACUACUUUUUAAAAAAUAGUUUCUUGGCAAGAAAUAAAACAUUCUUUAG